CACGGAUUAAGCAAGAGUAAAGUAGCUGCGCGGCUUCUUAGGAGCCAAUCCCCGGUCUCAGCGUAUCCUCGGGAACAGCUGGGUUGUAUACGCCAUUCUGCCUUAUUGCACGCAGUGUAUUCUUGCUGCGACUGCUCAUCGGUCAUGGAACUCCGAGGAUACUGAUAUGGCUCACUUAGUUUUAUGCAAGCCAACAGAGCUCUACAACAUUUUAAACCAGUCGACAGUGUUCUCCAGGCUGGCAGAGCCCAAUUAUUUGUGUCUUUUAGAUGCUCGUUCCAAGAGAGAGUACAACGAAAGUCACAUUGUAACUGCCAGAAGGGCAAAGCAGGAUAAAGAUGAAAACUUUUUGUUACCUGAAUCUGUAGAACUGGAAUGUGUUCGGUACUGUGUGGUGUAUGAUGGAAAUACUUCAUCUUUGAAUGAAACUGGUCCAGCUAUUAAAUGUGCCAGGGUUAUGGCACAGGUGUGUCGUUACACUGUCUUAGUGCUGGAAGGAGGCUAUGAGAGAUUCUCCGCCUACUACCACUUCUUUAGGUCUCAGAAGGUGUUUUGGAUGCCCCAGGAAAUAGAGGAAUUUCUGUCUUAUCCUAUUGAAAUAUUACCUGGUUUGCUGUACUUGGGUGAUCAAAGACAAGCUAAUGACCGUCAUAUUCAAAAGGAUUUGAAAAUUAAGGCUCAAAUCAAUGUGUCUCUAGAUCCAGAUAAAAGUCUUUCAUCUGCAGUGCACAAUGAACUGCAUAUUCCAGUCAUGGAUUCCUGUGAGUCAGAUCUUUUUCAGUUUUUCUCUAGAGCUUGUGAAUUUAUAGAUAUGUACAUGGGACCAAAUUCUGCAGUUCUUGUCUUUUCCAAGCUUGGGAUCAGCCGCAGUAGCACGGUAGUGAUAGCCUAUCUGAUAUACUGCAAACAGUACUCCUUAAAGGAGGCAUGGACCCACAUUCUUAAAUGCAAACCCAACAUGAGGCCUAACAGAGGGUUUGUCAAGCAGCUGUCUGAGUGGGAGAACAGAAUUCUGGGAGAGCAGAGAACAGACAUAGCUGAUCCUCAUUACUGAUUUAUGGAUAUUUUUUAUCAUUAAUCACUGACGAUUUAGUCCUAGGAUUAAAAAAUAGUCAUGAACCAAUUCUAUUUUCAUACAACUGUCUUUAUUUCAAUAUUUUGUUUUCCACCUGUCAAAAUGCAAACAGUUCUUCAUGCCUUGAAUGUAUCAGAGGUAACAGAACAGCAAUAAAAUGCAAGUAAAAUAUG